AUGAACAAAACUGCCGUGUCAGUAGACACCAUCAAGAGAGAGAUUGACUCGCUCGUAAGAGAGGGCGCCCUCUCAACGGAUAAGGCACUGGAGAUCAAGAGGCUCCUCCCACGGGUGGACAAGGUGGUGGCCCUCUAUGACUUCACGCCGCAGCAGGAUGACGACUUGCAGCUAAGUCAGGGCGACAUUAUCGCCGUCUUGGAGAAACCUUCUGACAACUGGUGGAAGGGAACCAACACUACGACGGGAACAACAGGCGUCUUCCCGGCAAACUAUGUCAAGCCGUACGUGGACAGUGAAGACAGAGACUUUGACAAGGAGAAACUAAAGGAGAGAGACCGUGUUUUGCCCCAGGUGCCUAACAACAACAAGGCAUCCUCACCAACCGUUGAACCUCCUCAGGGACCGCCUCCAUACCAGCAGUCCUACCAGCAACAGCCUCCUCAACAGUACUACCAGCAACAACCUCCUCAACAGUACUACCAACAACCGCCUCCUCAACAAUACCCACCAGCGGCGCCUUACCAACAACCAGUUGUCCAGCCAGUGGGCCAACCAUACGUCCAACCUUACGUCCAGCAACCCGUCCAGGUUCAGGGGCAGGAACAACAGUCGACAAUGUCCAAAAUCGGCCAUCAACUAGGCAGUGCCGCCAUCUUUGGUGCCGGCGCCACAAUCGGCUCGGAUCUAGUCAACUCCAUCUUUUGA